AUGUGUGGCAUUUGUUGUGCAGUAAGCUUUUCUGUUGAGCAUUUCAGCAAAGAUUUGAAAGAGGAUUUACUACGUAAUCUUAAAUGGCGGGGACCCAAUAGUAGUAAACAGUUGUUAAAGUCUAAUGUUAACUACCAGUGUUUAUUUUCUGGUCAUGUGCUUCACUUAAGAGGUGUGUUGACUGCCCAGCCUGUGGAAGAUGAAAGAGGCAAUGUAUUCCUGUGGAAUGGUGAAGUCUUUAGUGGAAUAAAGGUUGAAGCUGAAGAGAAUGAUACCCAAAUAAUGUUUAAUUAUCUUUCCUCUUGUAAUAAUGAAUCUGAUAUUUUGUCACUCUUCUCAAAAGUCCAAGGUCCUUGGUCUUUUAUAUAUUAUCAAGCAUCUAGUCAUUCUUUAUGGUUUGGUAGGGAUUUUUUUGGUCGUCGUAGCCUGCUUUGGCAUUUUAGUAAUUUGGGCAAGAGUUUCUGCCUCUCUUCAGUUGGCACCCAAACAUCUGGAGUGGCCAAUCAGUGGCAAGAAGUUCCAGCAUCUGGAAUUUUCAGAGUUGAUCUCAAGUCUACUUCCAUUUCCAAAGGUGUUGUUUUAAAAUUGUAUCCUUGGAAAUGUAACUCUGGGGAAGAUGCUAUCAAAGAAUGUGUUAAUAGCUUGACUCAAAUUUCAGCAGAUUCACCAACAUUUGUAUCAGUGGUAGCAAAUGAAGCUCAACUGUAUCUUAAAGAACCUGUUGUCCCUUUAAAUAUGAUGUUGCCACAAGCUGCAUCUGAGAUCCAUUACAGUAGCAUUUCCAGUGUCCCACUGACAAGAGAGACCCUUCAGGUCUUUCUUACUGAUGGACACAUGAAGGAAGUAGUUCAGCAGUUCAUCGAUGUCCUGAGUGUCGCCGUCAAGAGACGUGUGUUGUGUUUACCUAGGGAUGAAAACUGGAUACCAAGCGAAGUUUUGAAAACUAGUAAUAGGAAAGCAAAUGUUGCAAUCCUGUUUUCUGGAGGGAUUGAUUCCAUGGUCAUCGCAGCCCUUGCUGACCGUCAUAUUCCUUUAGAUGAACCAAUUGAUCUUCUUAAUGUGGCUUUCAUGACUAAAGAAAAGACCAUACCAGCUAGUUCUAACAAAAAAGGGAGAAAAGAGAAAAAUCAUUGUGAAACACCCUCUGAAGAAUCCUCUAAAAAUGUCACUGCUACUACUAAUCCUGGUGCACAAUUCAACGUGCCAGAUCGAAUCACAGGAAGAGCAGGACUAAAGGAACUGCAAGCUGCCGAUCCUUCCCGGGUUUGGAAUUUUGUUGAAAUUAAUGUUUCUCUAGAAGAACUGCAAAGAUUAAGAAGAACCCGCAUAUCCCACUUAAUUCGGCCCUUGGAUACAGUGUUGGAUGAUAGCAUUGGCUGUGCAGUCUGGUUUGCUUCCAGGGGAGCUGGUUGGUUAGUGACCCAAGAUGAAGCAAAACCAUAUCAGAGCAGUGCAAAGGUAGUUCUUACUGGAAUUGGUGCAGAUGAGCAGCUCGCAGGUUAUUCUCGUCAUCGUGUCCGCUUCCAGACACACGGGCUGGAAGGAUUGAAUAAGGAAAUUGAGAUGGAACUGGGUCGAAUUUCUUCUAGAAAUCUUGGUCGUGAUGACAGAGUUAUUGGUGAUCAUGGAAAAGAAGCAAGAUUUCCUUUCCUGGAUGAAAAUGUUGUCUCCUUUCUAAAUUCCCUACCAGUUUGGGAAAAGGCAAACUUGACUUUACCCCGUGGAGUUGGUGAAAAACUAAUUUUGCGCCUUGCAGCAGUGGAACUUGGUCUAACAACCUCUGCUCUUCUGCCAAAACGGGCCAUGCAAUUUGGGUCCAGAAUUGCAAAAAUGGAAAACAAUAAUGAAAAGGCAUCUGAUAAAUGUGGAAGGCUCCAAGUCAUUUCCUUAGAAAACCUUUCUCUUGAAAAAGAGAUUAAAAUGUGAUAUUUCACAGUGUAACAACAUUUACUGAAGGAUGAUUUUAAAAGAAAAAUAAAAUACUCUGCUGCUUUAUUAUUGUAUAACGUGGCUGUAAAGUUCAUUAUGUGAACUUUUACUUGUAGCGUAAUGCAACCAAUUUAAUCAUAUCGGCACUCCGGAGAAACAG